AUGGCGGCAAUCAACAGGGUUGCAUCGCCAAUGAACAUUUGCCAAGAAAAUUUAGAACUAUCUAGAGAGAAACUUGACCGAAAAAUACAAAAACUAAGGGGUCGGCAAAAUGUUCGAUCACCUUUCCUCAUUGGAUCCAUUGAAGAAGUCAGUACCAAGAUCAGCAAACUUGACCGGAAGCUCCAGAGUUACACUGAACUUGUUGUAGAAAGUAGAGCUUCGGAACAUCAUCCAGAAUACAAACCACCGUCUAGUGCAAAAGGCAGGGAAAAAUAUCAAAUAAAAGAGAGAGAUGGCAAGGAACUCACGAAAUUUGCUGGAAUAUAUGCUGUCAAAUCAACAUUUGGUGUGGGUACCAGUGAGAGGGUCAAGAAUAUUUCAAAGAUCAGCAUGAAUCCAAGCAAAACAAAUGUAAAGAGAGAUUCAAACAAGCCCAAAUUUGUUGAGCUCCAUCAAUAUCCUGGCUAUGAUGCGACCGAGAUCACUCCUCUUCCUGAUGAAGUACCAGCUGUGCAGAUCUUGAGAAAGGUUUCUGAUGCCCAGGUUCACCUGCUGAAGAAGCCCAGUUACAGAGUGGAUUUUGACAAGUUGAUGCUUUCUCAGAUGUCACAAGCAAUAUUAGUGGACAUCUUCUGGUGGUACUUUCUGGAAAGAUUCCAAGCUGACAAGGAAGCACAGAGUAAACUUUUCAACAGGGUGUCACAUAAUUAUGUGAAGCUCCUUUUAUACUGCAAAGAUCCAAACUUACGGGAAGUUUUUCUCAAGGACUAUGCUAACAUCCUUGCUCAGGGAGUCUAUGCGUCAUUCUGUGAAUCUUUCCCAGAUUCCUACCGGCAGUUUGAUGCAGAUUUUAAGGAGGAUCUCAUCAGUCUGGUCACACAGUGGGUUGUUGGUUUGAAGCCAGCUCCCAGGACCUGGAUGAAGUGGAAUCUAGACAUGUUAGAACCAGCAAACAUCAAGGUUAGAGAGGAGAUGUCCAAGAAUAACAAAGCGGGGAAAAAGAUGUCUUCCAUGAACUUUGACUACUUGGGUGUGCCGACUGGUCAAGGCAGCAUACACAGCUCACAAACAACCCUAAAUCAAUCUGGAUCAGUCAAGUCAAAUGGUGAAGGACCCUUUGGGAAGAAAAAUGGCCAAGGUCCCAGGAAGGCAAAUUCAAGUAGUAAUGGCAGCUCCCAGGAUCUCAUAGGGAAAGUUGCUGAUGCUCAGGUCCCUCCGAAAUCGAUUCUCAAGAAAUCUGGCUCAGAGAAAGACGUGAAGAAAGUUCAGCAUGCCUUAGUGAUGUCACCAAUUGUGGAGACAAGGUUUCAGGAGCCAACACCAACUCCAACAGCAACGCCCAGCACUGCACUCUCAAGAAUAGCCGGUGGGAAGAAGAUUUCGCCAUAUUGGAAUUCGGCUUUUGAUCCAAAAAGAGAGUCUCAUCCAGCCUGUCGAGGCCCAGAAUUCAUCAAAUACGUGUUCAACAUCCAAGGCCAGAGUCCGCUUGUUGCACAUUUCCUGAAGAAGAAAAAUUUGAAGUCAACAGCUGGGGUAGAUGUGAAAGUGCAGCGAACAGAGAUUAAAAGUUUACCAUCAUUAGAGGAGAGAACAUACAUGGACAUCAUUUCAGAAAGUUUCAAGAAAGUAAAAAACAGGAGCAAAGAAUGCCAAGAGUUGUUUGAGAGAGGUCGGAAAGGAAGAGGAGAAUUCAUCAAAAAACUUCAAGAAGAACAGAAACUUAUCCUUGACAGACAAGCAGCCCUGUUGUCAAAUCCCAGAGAAAUAAAACGGCUCAGUAAUCUCAUUAUUUUGGAGCAUAGAAAAGAUCAAGAUUCAAUCACAGCUGGUGCUAGUGCUGCCAUGGACGCUGCUCUUCGAGCUACGACUACAGAAUAAAAAUGAGCUGUGGACAAUGUAUAUUUUCUCUGUGAAUACAUGUAAGAUUGUGAUGAACAUUAUAGGAUUUUUUGCAUAAAUAUCAAAGUGAAAUUGAUAAGUAAUAAGUGAUUGAGAGUGAAUUUCUACACUCAGUCUCGAUUAUCCAUUCGAUAUGUGUCCAAGAAUUUAACAAUCAGUGUUCAGAAUGUUGUUGUUACAUGUACAUGUGUCCAUGUAUCAUCCCAGAUGAGGUUGCUUAUGUUGUAAGUGAGUGAUUGCCAAAUGGCUGUGAUAUGAAUAUUAAUUCUUGCCAUUCAAGAUUAUGUAAAUAGAAGGUAUUGAUAAUGUAUUUGAGGUACAAUGUAUAAUAAUGUGUCGUGUAUUGUACAGUGUAUUGAACAUGUUUCGUUGAGAAAUAAAUAUUUUGUUGAGACUUUUGA